AUGAUGAAUAGAUCUUUCAACAGCGUUAGAGGCUACGCAACUCAAGCAAAGGUUUCCCCACCAAUUACCCUCUACUCGCUUCCAGGAAAGUACGCAACUGCAGCGUACACAGCGGCAUUGAAGGAGUCACCAAAGUCGCUCACUCAAGUUGCCACAGAAUUGAGCGGAUUGAAAGCUUCGAUUCCAAAGAACGACAAGUUGUUGGACCUCAUUACCAACCCAACACUCUCCAACGAUGCACGUGUACAAGGCAUUGAAGAGGCUCUCAAGUUCUCUGGUGCCAAGUCUGAAAUCACCAAGAACCUCCUGUCUACUCUCUCAGAGAAUGGUAGACUCGCUUCAACCUCAAAGGUCGUUGAAGAGUUUGAGAAGCUCAUCAGCGCCCACAAUGGCGAUGUAGAGGUUGUUGUUGAGUCAGCUCAAGAGCUCGAUUCCAAGCUCCAAUCACGUCUUGAAGCUACACUUAAAAACUCAUCAAUCGCUGCAGAAGGAAAGAAGAUUAAGUUUGUCAGCAAAGUGAACCCAGCGCUCCUUGGCGGGCUCGUCGUUGAGUUUGGUGAGAAGACUGUUGACUUGUCUGUUGCUAGCAAGGUAAACAAGCUUAACAACCUCAUUAAGCAAUCAGUCUAA